AUGACCGCUUGGUCACUGCUCUGCGACAUCAUUUCGCAGUAUGACCAGCUGGCCAUGCAGCUGCAAGUUCUGAUGCUGAUGCGCAGCUGUUGGAAUGACGAAGGAUCGGUCAAAGAUUUGAGCGCCUGCUGGGAUCUCAAACACGAGCUCACCGAUAUCGCGCCAUUGGAGGAGCCCGUGUGCUGGCGGCGCUUGGGCCAACAGCGCGCCUUCAGGGCUGAGCUGUUGAUCUGGAAUUCGCUGCCCCAGGAGACCAGCAAGAAGCGGGGCUUCGCUGCGAGCCCACACAAGAUGAAUGACCAGAAGGAGUGGUGGUGGAUGAUGAGGAAUGUGCUCCGUUCUUUAGGCCCCAAGAACGCAGUGCGCCGCUUCGUCGUGCCCAAGGAGCGCUGGGAGCAUGUCAAGGACGACUUGGACGUGCCGUGUGAGGUCAUGACGUACUCCGACACGCCUGAUGCACAGCAGAUCAUUUCCCACAACAACUCCUUUGUGCUGGUCUUUGUGGAGCCCUCUGAGAGUUGGAUUCCGGCCUGGAGAGUGAAGCUUCAGACGUGGAAGCAGCCCCGAUCCUCGUGGUCUCUACCCACAAGCGCGGCGUGA